AUGUCGCCACGAGGGCGCACGUCCUUGACCACCCUCGUCGUUGGCGUUGUUCUGUUCUCGCUCCUUUGGAUUGAUCGUGCUGAACGAACACUUUUACCGGGGAGGGACAAGACUGAGGCACUAUUGUCACCAGAGCUACCCGGCCACGACCGACAUCUCAACGAAUCCCGGGCUUCCUUCGCCCACUACCUCUUUCCUGUUAACGACCCAGAGCAUGCGGAUAUAUGGGAGCUAGAGAACCGACGAACAGUGCAAGCGCUUUUUACGUGCUUGGAAGAAUCCAACUGCGCAGAGAACCAGACUAAGGUUGUACUGUUGGACUCAUUUCACUUUCGCGGAGCCCUUCUUGGCUGGGAUGGUGGAGAAGACCUUUGGGCGCGGUCUACAGUCCUCGCUCUCAAUUCCCUUAGUUACAGCAUCUUGUAUUCCGCUGUCGACCUCCAGCGCACUAUCCAACUCUAUCGUACCUUUCCGACCCUUAUAAUAAUGGUCAUUCUCAAUCCCGACGAUGUUGACCGCUGCUUCAACUCCCCCAACAUCAUGUGCCACAAGACAACAAAUAAUCCUGAAGGCAUACCCGCCUGGAAGAUUUUCAGCUUCAAUUGGUGGACGGUUGGUUCUCAUCUACUGGAUGAAAGAUGGAUUUUGAGCCCAGAGAAGUACCGUGGUCUCGGUGAAAACCACACCUACUUUGGCUAUAGCGUUGAAACGUCUUGUGAGACUCGAACAUUUGUUCCGCAUGAAGACCGCCGUGCACAUCCCCAAAUAUAUGUAAUGGGCAAGAAUGGACGAUAUUUCACGGCAGGCCACCGUGCCUGGGAACCCCAAGAGCUUGAACUCGCCGCUGCAGCUAUCCAACAGCGAAGCAUCGUUUCGCCUGAAGCUCAGGAAGACGCGCGUCAAGUGCUUUUCCUGGCUGGUUUACGGGAGGACGAAUUGCCUGACGACUUUAUCCGUGGCGAGAAUGGGGGCUCAGAAUGGAUAAUGCGAAAUUUAGGACAUUUGACCCCGACUAAAUUUUACGACACGCUUGCGAAGUCUGUCGCGUUGGUGGGCAUGGGUGCGCCGGGAACUUCCCCGACGCCAUAUGAUGCACUCUGUCUUGGAGUCCCGUUCAUUAACCCCAUCCACAUUUGGGACCACGCUGACCCAUCCAACCGCUUGGGCUGGGCUGCCCAGCACGAAACGUUGAAAUUUCUUGACCCGCCAUAUGUCUACAACAUCUUCGUCGGAGAUACACAUGGCUUUGUCGAUGCGCUGAAAAGCGCAAUAGAUGAUCCUAUAGAGAGCUUUGUCCCCGAAACCAUGCGCAUGCCCUCUAUCGAGGAGCGGGUUGGGCGGAUUCUGAGGACAGAUUGGGAAGAAGCCGCACACGAGCUUGUCGAAGGGCGGCGCCUUAUGGGAGAGGGCAAGAUAAACGAGGCCAUUCCAAAAGCAUUCCAGGUGAAAAGCUGUCUGACAGGCAACCCAGACCAGCCGUCCACGAUACGGAGCUACCAGUUCGCGCUGCCGCUGCAGGCAAACACGGUCAUCAGCGUUUCCCGAUACCACCUCUCUGGGCCCCAAGGAGUUGUCGGCGGCACUUUGCGGAUAACGACAUCGACUAAGCUUCCGUCCAACUCUGCCCGCAUUGUGGUCGUGCCAGCCUCAUUGGGCUAUGCGACGGUGUGUUCGCUGGCGCCGAAGAGGGGCAGCGACACGAGCACAGCCGCGUUUGGCGUCUUCGCGACUGGCCCUGAAGAUGCGGCUUCGGAGCACGUUAACAUGACCCUCAUUCUCCCCGCAUCGACGAAUCUCGCGGGGCUGCAGACGACACUGCCUAAUUUCGCAUACAAUAUUGACGACCUGAUUGGUGCUGGGGUUGACUUUGUUGGUGCUGCCUUCAUCACGGGUGGCGAGAAACCCAUAAUGGUCAAGUCCAUUUCGGCUCCCAGUCGACUUUUGCUAUCGACCUGGAAUGCUAGCGUGUCCGUCGGUCUGGCGCGUUCAUCCGCCCUCGAUGUCUCAACUGGUUCAGACCAUUUUUCAUCCCACGUAAAUGCCAGCAUUUCUGGCAGAUACGAGAGCAACAACCUGCGUCUCAUAACGGGCAAUGCCCCCAUAAAUGCCGACGUAUCCCUUGCGCCUGGUUUCGGCGGCGUUGACGCUUACACGUCGAAUUCCUCGCUCUCGCUUAACAUAUCAUCGUUAACGAGCAACACCAACGACGACCCGCCACUCUAUCUUCGGUUGCGAGCGGUCACCACUGAUGGUGCUGCAACUGUGCGUUUGCCCGUUGAAUAUGAAGGCCAUUUCAGGUUGUCAGGCGCAAGCGCAAGGGUGCGGGAGCCUAAGCGUCAAGGAGAUUUACGGAAGGUGGAAUAUCAUUAUCAUGGGCCUGCAUUGGUCGCAACGGCGGCAGAAGGAGAUUCACAAGCAGUCGAGGGGACAAGAGAGGAAGAUCAGGACACUGACGACCAUGAAGAAGAACUUGUCACUGGUUCGGUGUACCUGACGGAAGAAGGCAUUGAACGUGGAUGGGUUUCUGUACUUGCUGCUGGUGCGGGAGCACGACUUGUCUUGUAA